GACAACGGGCAGAAGGGAACUGUCCACAGAGACUGGUGUCUGACGUUCCGAGGGGACCACACGCAUCCGCCAGGUCGGCCUUGGGAGCCCACCCGGGUGGGCACGGCUGUCACCGGCCUGGAGGGUCCAGCUCUGAUAUGAAGCUGUGCUGACAUCUCAGAAACCUUUCCCCGCAGGUGUUCAAAAGGCCGCCAUCUCUUCCAGAGUUUAGAGACUCCUGCCAGCUACCAGGACAGAUGGGGAAUAGCAAGAGCCUCUCGGGGCAGAGUCUCUCCCCGCGGUUUCUUCCUGCGGAGCAGGCCGAGAUCGACAGAUUGUUUGAUGCUCUGUCGUCGGCGGAACUCCGCUCCAGUACCUCGCCCAGAUCCUUCUCUCUACAGGCACUGAAGAGCCAUGUGGGGGAAGCUCUUCCCCAAGAGAUGGUCACCAGACUGUUUGAGGGCAUGCGGAGGGUGGACGUGACUGGGAAGACCAAGGGGCCCAGUGAGCGCAUCUCCCAGGAGCAGUUCACAGUGUCCAUGUCCUACCUUUUGAAAGGAAAUGCUGAGGAGAAGAGUCUCGUGAUCCUGAAAAUGAUUUCUGCCACAGAAGGUCCCGUGAAAGCAAGAGAGGUCAAAAAGUUUACAGAGGACCUGGUUGGCUCUGUGGCACACGUGCUAAACUACAGACAGGAGCUGAGAGGCUGGACUCAGAAGCAAGGCCCAGGCUCCCUGUCCAGGGUGCAGGUGCUGGCUGCUCAGCUGUGCUCCGAGAUGAAGCUUCAAGGCGGUGAGAAGCCUCUGGGGCCUCAGCGGCUGGAAUGUGACCGAACCACAAUUGAAGACUGGGUGUUCAGGGCUCCCCACGUGGCCACGUUUCUGAGCGUGGUCAUCCACCAAGGCUUCCUCCUCCUGGGCUCGUCCCUCGAUCUGGCCACCCUGGUCCCCGAGCGCCAAGUCGACCAGGAACGGGAGUUUGCGAGCGUCCUGGAUGUCCUGUCCGUCAUCUACAUCAACUCCCACCUGCCCAGGGAGCAGAGGAACCACUGGCGCCUGCUGUUCUCAUCCGAGCUCCACGGGCACAGCUUCGCCCAGCUCUGCGGGCGCAUCACACACUGCGGGCCCUGCGUGGUGCUGCUCGAGGACCACGACGGCCAUGUGUUCGGUGGCUUUGCUUCCUGCUCCUGGGAGGUCAAGCCUCAGUUUCAAGGCGAUGACAGGUGCUUCCUGUUCUCCAUCUCCCCCAGCAUGGCCGUGUACACCUCCACGGGCUACAAUGACCACUACAUGUACCUGAAUCAAGGGCAGCAGACCAUCCCGAAUGGACUGGGCAUGGGAGGGCAGCACAAUUAUUUUGGCCUGUGGAUCGAUGUCGAUUUCGGGAAAGGACACAGCAAGGCCAAGCCCACAUGUACCACGUACAACAGCCCUCAGCUCUCGGCCCAGGAGGACUUCCGGUUCGAGAAGAUGGAGGUGUGGGCGGUGGGAGAUGCUUCGGUGACACAGCUGGCCAAGAACACCAAGAGCGUUCUGGACGUGGACCCUACGGCCCAGGCCCUGCUGGAAGUCAGCGGGCGGAUGCGCCACAGCGAAGGGCUCCGGGAGGUGCCUGAGGACCAGUGAGGCGGAGCCCCCAGCACGGGCCUUCCUGGAGCUGGAGCACAGCCUGCAGACUGUGUUUACUUUAAUCCAGAGCGUGCUGGUCACGUCUAGGUGGUCCUGGAGGUGCCUAAUUGAAACAGAGUACAGUCCCUUUGAUGCUAUAUAUCGAUUGGUGGGUGUGUCUCCCCGAAAUAUGUCCGAUUACCAGCUUGAUUCUUGGACUUCGCUCGUUUUGUACAGAUGAAAUCCGAAGACGAUGCUGAGACGUUUGAGGCCGACUGCAAUUAGCAGUGGUUGGGGAUUUGAGUUCUUGCUGGAGGGGGGGGGUCCACUCACUGAGGGUCACUUGGCCUCUGCACAGACCUCCCAGCUAAAAGCCUCGAUGUCCCAUUUCUACUGGUAAAGGGCAGAGGUGCUCAGAUGGGAAUCUCAACCCUUUGGGGAACAGCUUCCUCUGACAUGGAAUUUUUGUAUUUUGGAAAAAAAAAAAAGCACAGGAGUGUACUAACGGGGGUAACAGCUGGAGAUUUUGAAGAUAACGGUGAUAUGGGUCUUCAGUAAGGUUCAGUAUCUGCCUUUCUCAGCUGUUUUUAACACAUUACUGACCAGAGACGUAUUAAUACGUCUUUUGUUACCCAAACAUCAUUGACCAGAGACGUUUCAGUAUUCAUUUACCUAACAAAUCGCCGUCCACAGGCGUUAGUUUCUGCAAAAAUCCCCCGGUCAAUGAUGAGUUAAGUGAGUCUGUGCUAUGAGCAAAUGGGAAAACCAGGAGGUCUACAGAGAAGCAAAGUUGUGGUUCUCUUACUAAUUUAAACGUGGGGCCAUUCGAGGCCCUGAGGCUAAGAUUCCUGUUAAUACACGUAUGGCCUGUCGCAGGAAUUAGUGGUGAGUAACUGGACUGGCCCGGGCUCCCGACCUCCCAGCAUCACCCCCACCCCGUGCUGCUUCCCGAGGGGACACUGGGUACUUUGACAGCAUGGACUUGCUUUAAACGAACAGUGAUCCUGAAGUGCUAGCAAAGAUGUUGGUGGGCUGGACCUCAGGCAGAGCUGCCGUGUCCCUUCCAGUCCCUGCAUCCCUCGGAGGCGGCCUGAAGAAUCUCCGGACACUGAGAAUCCCGCUCAGCGGAGCUCUGCCCUUUGCUACCCGUUGCCCUUCUGCAGAUCUGACGAAAUGCUGCCUUGUUAUUGAGUUGCCCCCAAUUAUAAGCCAUAGUAAACCGAGCUGUUUGCAUUUCACAGGCUCUGCAUUUUCCACCGGGAGGCUCGUCAAACUCUGCGCUGAGCCCUGAGCAGAAGGCCUUGCACAUGGGCCUUCGAAGAGAGGUGCUCAGACGGUGACAUGCACGCUCGGUCAUGGUUGAUUUUCCUUAUAAAAAGACAGUUUUUAACAGCUUCUCAGGUACAUUUUGUGAGUUCUUAAUUGAUGGGAAGCAGAUGCAGGAUAUUAGGAUCCUCACAUAUCCUUACCGUAAUCUGAAGAAUUAGGCCCCGAGUCUUCAGUGUGUUACAGAAUAUUUUUUUAGAAAAAUGCAAUGAAAUAAUGCCUCGCUAAUAAAAGGUCCGUUGAAGACCACUUCCUACGGCCUCUGUCUGUGGCUGUCAGAGAGGCUGGAUGUGUCUGCCGGCCUGUUUUCUGCCUUGUGCCUCUUCUAACAAUAGUGCAGGUCAUACCUGGGGGCCUGACGGUUUCCUAAGACAGCACACCUCCUCGAGGGAAGCUGGGCGCCCAGCCCAGGCGCUUGGUCACCUGGGGUGUUCGGCCCUCGCAGGGGGUGUGGGGCAGCCAUGUGAUUCCCCAGCAUGUGUGGUCCCGAGCACACAGACCAGUUUGGUGUCAGCUGUGCCCGGGGCCACAGGACCCGAGGAACCACGCUCCUCCUGGGCCUGAGAAACCCGUGAUGCUAGUUUUAACAUGUGAUGAGUUUGUUCUUUGAUAAAAUGGGAGUAAGAAUUCAGGUUGUAAGGACUAGCGGUCUCCCUGGAGGUGAAGACUCAUAAGGGCCCCUGAUAGGCGCUGGAAGGAAGGGGUGAAAAAACGCUGUUCAUGGUACAGCAUGGCUGUUGUUACUUUUCUCCCCCACCAUAUUUUUUUCUGGAAAUUUUUUUCUUUUAUUGAAUGAAAGAGUCUUUAAAUUCUCCAGUGCUUUACAAUUUUAAAAGGUUUCACACACGUGGUCUUAUAUAAUCCCAUAAUCCCCCCCCCAUAUCGCCCCUCCCCACUGGUAACCACUAGCUUGGUCUCUGUAUUUGUGAGUCUGCUUCUUUUUUGUUUUAUUCACUAGUUUGUUGUAUUUUUUAGAUUUCACAUGUAAGUGAUAUCAGACAGGAUUUGUCUUUCUCUGACUUACUUCAUUUAGCAUAAUGCCCUCCAAGUCCAUCCAUGUUGCUGCAAAUGGCAAAAUUUCAUUCUUUUUUUUAUGGCUGAGUAAUAUUCCAUUAUAUGUAUGUACACACACACCGCAUAUUCAUAUGUAUGUAUAUAUAUGCACACCACAUGUUUAUCCAUUCAUCUGUUGAUAGACACACCAUAUUUUUUUUUAAUUAAAAAAUUAGCUUAUGCAUACACAGCAAAAAAGUUCAAAAUACAAAAGGAUGUAACUUGAAAUCUAAGUCUUCCUCCUGACUCCGCUCUAGCAUUUUGUUCCCAAGAGGUAAUGUGCUGUACACACUGGUGUGUCCCUCACCUUUUUUUGGGUGGAAAUUGCUCUGUCUACCCAUUUAUUCUCAUUGUCUGUGUAAUGCCCCAUGAGAUGGGCGCCCCAUCCUUUCUGGUGGUCAGCCAUCCCCGGCUGGGGAACGGUCUGUUUGUAGCUAAUUGUUAACGGAAUGAAUAUCGUUUAUAUACAUCUUGGUGUGGUUUUGUCUGGCGAAUAAACUCUUUGAAGCUGAAUUGCUGGAUCAAAAGGUACGUGCUUUUUUAUUUAGGUAUUAACAAAUGAACCUCUUUCAAGCUAGAUUUUUACUUUUGAGACCUGGCAUGCCUGUUUGCCAUGUUUUCACCAAUACUAUAUUAAAAUUUAGUUUUUGUUUACUGGAUGCUUGAAAACUAAUUUUUUUUUUCUCUUAUGAAUGACAGUGAAGAGCUUCAUUUUUCAAGAAUGGUGUGUGUCCUAUCCCUCACCUGGUUUCCUAGGGUGUGGGUGUUAUUGGUUUGCAAAAGUGCUCUUUUAAAAAAAAAAAAAAAAUUAUUUAUUUAUUUAUUUAUUUUUGGCUGCGUUGGGUCUUCAUUGCUGCACGCGCAGGCUUUCUCUAGUUGUGGCGAGCGAGGGCUACUCUUCGUUGCAGUGGCUUCUCUUGUUGUGGAGCAUGGGCUCUAGAGGUGUGGGCUUCAGUAGCUGUGGCACGCGGGCUGUGUAGUUGUGGCUCGUGGGCUCUAGAGCACAGGCUCAGUAGUUGUGGCGCACGGGCUUAGUUGCCCCGCGGUAUGUGGGAUCUUCCCAGACCGGGGAUCGAACCUGUGUCCCCUGCAUUGGCAGGCAGAUUCUUAACCACUGCGCCACCAGGGAAUUCCAAGAGUGCUCUUUUGAAUUAAGCAAAAUGGCAUUGGCCGCGUGUGGUAAAUGUUUUUUCCAGUUUGUCUGCCUUUAUUUUUCCAUACAUAAAUUUUGCAUUUGAUGUCAUCAUAUUUCCCAGCUUCUGAGAUGUGUGGUUUGCUUAGGAAGUUUUUCUCCACUCUGAGAUUAAACAAAAAGAAAUACCGUGUUUUCUUCUACUACUACUGUGCUUUCCACUUAUACUUCUGAAUCUUUGAUCCAUUCAAAAUGUAUUUUAAUUUUUUAUUUGUUUUUUUGAUUCUCUUUAAAAAUUUUUUUAUUUUAUAUUGAACUAUAGUUGAUUUACAAUGUUGUAUUAGUUUCAGGUGUGCAGCAAAGUGAUUUGGUUAUACAUAUAUCUGUUCUUUUCCAACUUCUUUUCACAUUUAUGUUAUUAUAGAAUAUUGAGUAGAGUUCCCUGUGCUGUAUAGUAGGUCCUUGUUGGUUAUCUAUUUUACAUAUAGUAGUGUGUACAUGUCAAUCCUAAACUUCCAGUUUAUCCCCCCAUUGCCUUUCCCCUUUGGCAACCAUAAGUUUGUUUUCAAAGUCUGUGAGUCUGUUUCUGUUUUGUAAAUAAAUUCAUUGGUAUCAUUUUUUAAAGAUUCCUCAUAUAAGUGAUAUCAUAUGAUAUUUGUCUUUCUCUGUCAGGCUUACUUCACUUAGUAUGAUAGUCUCCAGGUCCAUCCAUGUUGCUCCAAAUGACAUUAUUUCAUUUUUUUAAUGGCUGAGUAACAUUCCAUUGUAUAUAUAUACCACGUUCUUUAUCCAUUCUUCUGUCGAUGGACACUUAGGUUGCUUCCAUGUCUUGGCUUCUGUAAAUAGUGCUGCAAUGAACAUUGGAACUAUGGUUUAUAAACUAUGGUUUAUAGCUUCCGAACUAUGGUUUUCCCCGAUGUAUGCCCAGUAGUGGGAUUGUUGGAUCAUAUAGCAAGUCUAUUUUUAGUGUUUUAAGGAACCUCCAUACUGUUCUCCAUAGUGGCUCUACCAGUUUACAUUCCCACCAACAGUGUAGGAAGGUUCCCUUUUCUCCACACCCUCUCCAGCAUUUAUUGUUCGUAGGCUUUUUGAUCAUGGCCAUUCUGACCUGUGUGAGGUGUUACCUCAUUGUAGUUUUGAGUUGCAUCUCUCUAAUAAUUAGCGAUGUUGAGCAUCUUUUCAUGUGCCUGUUGGCCAUUUGUAUGUCUUCUUUGGAGAAAUGUCUGUUUAGGUCUUCUGCCCAUUUUUUGAUUGGGUUGUUCGUGUUUGGAGAUAAAGCCCUUGUCGGUUGCUUCGUUUGCAAAUGUUUUUUCCCAUUCUGUGGGUUGUCUUUUCAUUUUGUUUAUGGUUUCCUUUGCUGUGCAAAAGCUUUUGAGUUUAAUUAGGUCCCAUUUGUUUAUUUUUGUUUUUAUUUCUGUUACUCUAGGAGACAGAUCACAAAAGAUAUUGCUGCGAUUUAUGUCAAAGAGUGUCCUGCCUAUGUUUUCCUCUAAGAGUUUUAUAGUAUCUGGUAUUACAUUUAGGUCUUUAACUCAUUUUGAGUUUAUUUUUGUGUAUGGUGUUAGAGAAUGUUCUAAUUUCAUUCUUUCACAUGUAGCUGUCCAGUUUUCCCAGCACCACUUGUUGAAGAGACUCUCUUUUCUCCAUUGUAUAGUCUUGCCUCCUUUGUCAUAGAUUAAUUCACCGUAGAUGCGUGGGCUUUCUAUCCUGUUCCAUUGAUCUACAUUUCUGUUUUUUUGUGCCAGUACCAUACUGUUUUGAUUACUGUAGCUUUGAAGUAUAGUCUGAAGUCAUGGGGCCUGAUUCCUCCAGUUCUGUUUUUCUUUCUCAAGAUUGCUUUGGCUCAAGCUGUAUUUUAAAAUAUACCUCUAUCUUACCCCCAAAUAAAUUCCUGUACAUUUUAUAUUAAACUGUGUGUCUCUUUCCCACUGACUUAAAAUGCUACUUUCUCACUGAAGGUUUCUGUCUCACGUUUUAAUUAUCAGAGUUUUGUGAUAAAAAGAUGUAAGAGCUGGGCUUCGCUGGUGGUGCAGUGGUUGAGAGUCUGCCUGCCGAUUCAGGUGACACGGGUUCGUGCCCCAUUUCCGGGAAGAUCCCACAUGCCGCGGAGCAGCUGGGCCCGUGAGCCAUGGCCACUGAGCCUGCGCGUACGGAGCCUGUGCUCCGCAAAGGGAGAGGCCACAACAGUGAGAGGACCGCGUACCGCAAAAAAAAAAAAAAGUAAGAGCUAUUCCUUUAUUACUACUGGGUUUUUUUGCUUGUUUGUUUUGUUUUGUUUUUCCUUCAAAUGCUUGCUUGCUUAUUUUGUCAGAUCUUUGGUAGCACUUUGACUACUUCUAAGAAGUUUGAUAGUAUUUUCUUUUUCUUUUUGGAUAGUAUUUUCAAGAUGGCAUUAAGUAUCGAUGAACGUAGGCAGAACUGACAUUGGCUAAUGCUGAUUCUUCCAAGAACAGGAACAUCUCAGUUUGCUAUGUAAAUUUUUGUUGUCAUUGCUGGCACUGUGAGUGGACUUCCCCCUCCCCCCCACCCCAACUGAUGAUUCUAUGAACAUUGGAAAGCUCUUGAUUUUUCUACAUAGUGUUGUACCCCGUUACCUUACUGAAUUCUUUUAUCCAGCGGUUCUCGACCUUGAGCCCGCAUCAGAAUCACCUAGGGGGCUUCUUAAAGUACAGACUGGGGACCUCCACUCCCAGAGUUUGAUUCAGUAGUUCUGGGGAGGGACUAGAGAAUUUACAUUGCUAAUACAUUCCCAGGUGAUGCUGCUGUGGCUGGUCUGGGGACCUCACACAGAGAACUACUGCUGUUCAUUGUUUCUGAUAAUCUAUGAAUUCUCUGGGAGUUUGCAGCUAUUAUGAUUCUUUUUGUCUGAAAAAAAUUUUUGCCUUUAUUUUAUUUUGGCUGCGUUGUGUUUUCGUUGCUGCGUGUGGCUUUUUCUAGUUGCUGCGAGCGGAGGCUACUCUUUGAUGUGGGCUUCUUAUUGCGGUGGCUUCUCUUGUUGUAGAGCACGGGCUCUAGGCACGUGGGCUCAGUAGUUGUGGUGUGCGGGCUCUAGGGCGCAUGAGCUUCAGUAGUUGCGACGCGUGGGCUCAGUAGUUGUGGUGCAUGGGCUUAGUUGCUCUGUGACAUGUGGGAUCUUCCCGGACCAGGGAUCAAACCCGUGUCCCUUGCAUUGGCAGGUGGAUUCUUAACCACUGUGCCACCAGGGAAGUCCUUCCCUUUAUUUAUUUAUUUAUUUAUUUUACGGUGUGCGGGCCUCUCA